CCCCAGCCUUUACUGCCUGGGCGGGGAGAAGGAAAAAUCCACCUUAAAGGAAUUCAGCCCAGCUAUUCCAAGGCCUUCCUUUCCCUGGGGUUGAUUGGCCGUCCAGCCAGUCACUCGAGAUCCCAUAUGGGCUGCUAGGAAAAGUUGGCUCCAGACUCCCAGUUGCCCUGGGCGCCCUGCUGCAGAGGGGGGAGAUUCCCGGCGAGGCCUGACGGCAUGAGAGAUGGGCUGCCAGAGCUCCCAUCCAUCCGCUAUCCCCGAGCUGGAGGAGAUCAUGCAGGAAACAGGCUUUUCGCAGGCCAGCGUCGUGCGCCUCUAUGACCGAUUUCAGGCCCUGGACAAGCAGCAGAAGGGCUACCUGAGCAAAUACGACCUGCAAGGGAUCGGGGAGCUGGCGGUGAACCCCCUGGGGGACCGGAUCAUCAAUGCCUUCUUCAAGGAGGGGGAAGAGCUCACCGAUUUCCGAUCCUUCAUCCGGGUCCUGGCCCAUUUCCGGCCCGUGGAGGAAGGAAAGUCCAAGGAGACUGGUCGCCCGGAGCCCAUGAACAGCCGACUCCGAAAGCUACAGUUUGCUUUUCAGCUCUAUGACCAGGACAGUGACGGGAAGAUCUCCCGGGACGAGAUGCUGCAGGUGCUGCGGCUGAUGGUUGGCAUCCAGGUGACGGAGGAGCAGCUGGCGUGCAUCGCCGAGCGCACCAUCCAGGAGGCCGAUCAGGACGGUGACGGCGCCAUCUCCUUCGAGGAGUUUGCCACGUCAGUGGAGAAGCUGAACAUUGAGCAGAGAAUGAGCCUCCGGCUGCUGAAGUGACCCGUCAGGAUCGGAGAGAGCCUCCCCCCCCCCCCCGCACUGGGAAGAUCCACUCUCAGAGGGGCUGCGGCCAAUCAGGUUUCAGCUCCGCCCUCUCGUCAUCCAAUGGAUCCCACCAGGGAGGGGCUGCAUCCAAUCACACUUAAGCUCCACCUUCCUGCCUCCGCAUAGAUCCAGAUAGAGAAGAGCUGCUUCCAAUCAGAUUUCAUCUCUGCCCCCUCACCUCAGGAUGGAUCCAGUCUGACAGGGGUUGCAGCCAAUCAGACUUCACCUCUGUCCCUUGUCUUGGGAUGGAUCCAGGCAGAGGAAGGCUGCAUCCAAUCAGAUUUCAUCUCUGCCCCCUCACCUCAGGAUGGAUCCAGUCUGACAGGGGCUACGUCCAAUCAGAUUUUACCUCUCCCCUUGUCUUGGGAUGGAUCCAGGCAGAGGAAGGCUGCUUCCAAUCAGAUUUCAUCUCUGCCCCUUCACCUGAGGAUGGAUCCAGUCUGACAGGGGUUGCAGCCGACCAGAUUUCACCUCUGUCCCUUGUCUUGGGAUGGAUCCAGUCGAAAAGGGGCUGCAUCCAAUCAGAUUGCAUUGCUGACAAAGAGUGGAUCCUGCUGUGAGGCCGGCCUAUGAUGGCUGUCGCUCCUUCCAAAUAACAAGUGCCUGCACCCAGGGAACGGGAUCCAAGCUAACUCCCCAGUGCUGCCCCUGAUACCUGGGGACUCUGAUGCCCCCUAAUGGCGGGGGAUAGUACAGCCUCUGGUCGGGUCACUGCAGAUCAGAGACUUACAACCGACGAACAGCACCUCCCAUUCUUGUGCUUUAAGCCCUCUUUGCAGUCCCUCUAUUCUGGGCCCUACCCAGCUCCCAGUGUCCAUUAGAGCAGCCCUGAGGCUGCUCUGACUUGCGCACUACCCCCUAGAGGACCUGGGGAGCAGAGAAAACCCACAGCGCAGUGCGCUCCAGCCAUGCCCCCAAUCGACCCCUCGUGCCGGGUGCUGGAAGCAGGGCCAUUAUGCACAGCAGCCGGGGACACUCUCACUGAGCAAGGCGGGGGGAGCUUCUCAGGGGGGGACGCUGCCAUCCCAGAGGGCUCAGCGUCCCUGAGACUUGGGCCCAGAAUCUCCCGCCAUUGGGGCUGGAUUCGCUCGGAUUCAGCUCUGUUUGUAAAAAAAUAAAAUCAC